CACCCCCAAUUGAAUACCUCAUCCUCCACAUACCGUCAAGAUGGCAUACUGGAAAGCCGCUGGUCUGACCUACAACCGCUACCUGGCCGUUGCUGCUCGCGCGGUCCGCAGAUCCCUCAAGGAGACCCCUCGUCUGGCUGCUGAACGCCGUGGCCAAAUGGACCUGCGUUUUGCUAAGUGGGAGAACGGCAAGCAGGGCGAGGUUCGCUCCCUCGGUGAGGCCAACCAGGAGGCCGCCGUUGCCAACGCCGAGAAAUAGACGGUUUUCGAAAACACCCGCAUGCGAUAAUAUGGGAUAUCUUCUACGAGAAGGGGGGUACAGUUGAUGAUGUGUGGGUGCAGGAAUGAUUUGGAGCUCUGUAGCAUAUUCGUCCGUUGAUCUGGUAUAAAUAGAAAGAAAACACCAUUUCUUUCCUGCAAA